GUUUGCCCGUUGCCGGAAUUUGGCGUCUAUGAGGUUAGAAUGGAGAAUACACUCCGAAUGUUCUUUUAAUUUUUAAACAUAUGAGCAUUUAGUGCCAAAAUUCGCAUAAUAAUAAUUUACUCAAGGAACAUCACUGAUCAUUUGAUUAUUAAUUAAUCUUCUUAAUUAUCUUAUGGUGAUCUCAUAUGCUAUAACGGCUAUAUAACAAAACAGAGUGAAAUUCAUUUUCCAAGAAUAUUUGGAAAAGUGAAUUAAAAAAUGACCCAAGCAGACGCGGAAAUCAUAGAAUUGAUUUCCGAUGAUGAUUCGGAGGACGAUAAGAAAAAUGACAAAAAAUUGAAAACUUGCAAUUCAAAUUGCAUCAAUUUCCAAUGCACUUCUGGAAUGAAUAUGAAAACUGCUCCCACUUUUGCUUGUACAUUUUAUGGAGCAAAUACAUCAAAGAAAAAGAAACGAAUAAUUUGCGAGCAGUGUCUGAAUAUUGCCAUUGAACAUCAACAGACACUUGUCAAUACAUUCCUCGAUCGGAAACCCUUAUUAAGUUGCAAUUUUCCUGAUCACACAAUGGAGGUGGAAAUUUCUGACAGCGACGAGUCUGAUAGCGAAACCAAAAAUGACGACGAGGAUUCUUACUUACCAGAAGAAUUUCUCUUGGACAUUGAGGAAAAAUUGGAAGCAUCCCUAGCCUCUGUUAGAAUCAAGUACGAUGUCGACUUUCAAGUAGCGGAAGCUAACAAAGCCCUUCAUAGUCAGUGGGAAAAAAUUCAUCAUGAGAACGAUGUACUUGACACAGAAGUGAAAGAUAUGAUGGACAAGCUCGAUAAACUACGGAACACACUUUAUGAUGAAUUCCGUCCAAGUAUAAAAAUGUUGGAAGAUCUCACGAUAUGUGAUGGAGUGCCAGACAAUCAUCAAUUCCCUCUAGUUGCCACGAAAAAAGUGACUCAAAUUCGACCUUCAAAUUCAGUGCUACCUCAAGAUAAUCAGCCUGUUAUUCUCGAAGAAAUAGACAGGGAUAGCGUCAAAGUUGCCGCUGAUUUGCCUCCACCGGGACCCCUUGUAAAAACACUUCCCGAAGUCGACACUGUUGUCCUGAUUAUGAAACACGCUCUCAUUCCUUGGCUGAAAGGCAAGGUGGCGAAUGUCGUCAGCCGGAGUCCUUCUCAGUAUAAAGUGAAACUACAAGCGAAGAAAAAUAAUCAAACACUAAAAUUAAUUACGGGAAAACAACUUGCUAUUGCCAUUCCAAGUUCCGUGAUUAUUCCCGUCGCUACUCGAGUUGUCGCUCUUUUUCAUGAUGUAAACUCGAACAGUUUUUACAGUGGUGUUAUCGCCGAGCCUCCAAAGUCUACAAAUAAAUAUAGGUAUCUGGUAUUUUUCGACGACGGAUAUGCGCAAUACGUUCUUCACAAGAACAUCUAUCUCGUCUCCGAGAGUUCUCCCCAAGUUUGGGAAGACGUGCCAAGUCCCUCUCGAGAUUUCGUGAAGAAAUAUAUGGAAUCUUAUCCAGAAAGGCCAAUGGUAAAAUUGCAGACAGGACAAGUAGUAAAAACAGAGUGGAAUGGAAAGUGGUGGAUAGCACGAGUUGUCCAGGUCGACGCCAGCUUGGUGCAAAUGCAUUUCGAUGCAGAUAAUCGAACCGAGUGGAUUUAUCGAGGAUCUGCGAGAUUAGGACCACUUUAUGUCGAAUUGCUGAAGGCCAAUGCAAGACAGCAAGGCAGCCAUGCCGGUCUGAAUGCUCCGUCUCGCCAUCGACUCCCAACGUCAACUAACAAGACCAACCUGCCCUAUGUGGAGUACACCAAUUCCAUCGAACAAGAUGAUCUCCUCAAUCGCAAAGUCGAACAACAACCAACACCCGCUGUCAAUUUCAACACCCUUCGCAUAAACGAUAAAGUUGUGAACGAAAUGCCCUCUGUUCCUACACAACAAUCGCGCGCUGUUGCUAAGAAGAGCACAACCAAAAAACAAGUCCUUCCAGAGCCGACUUACAAUGUCAGCGCUGAGACAAAACCUUCGCACAGUAUUGUUUAUUAUCAAACUCAAAACAGGAAGAACCCUAAAAAAUAUACACAUCACAGAUGUGGUCCGAAGUGUCUGGAAAGUUGUACCUUUACUCCAGAUGAUCUAAAGGGAUAUUCUCCACUUUCAAUUCCAUUGCUCUGUGGAUGGAACAGGCAGCUUUGUAAAUUCUCGAAAGGAAAGAAAGUUACCUUGUACCAUGCACCGUGUGGAGUUAGACUUCGAAAUAUGGAAGAACUUCAUCAUUAUUUGAGAAUUACUAAGAGUCCGAUGUCGGUAGAUUUAUUUGAGUUUGAUCACUGGGUUCACUGUCUUGCCGAAUUUGUUCUGGAUAAGUGUUUUGUUAAUAUAAAGGAUUUGAGUUACGGGGUAGAGAACGUUCCCAUUCCAUGUGUAAAUGAGAUUGAUCAUGCUCUUCCUGAUACGAUUAGGUAUAGCACUCAAAGAGAACCGACAGAGGGUGUUAAUCUUAACUUGGAUCCAGAAUUUUUAUGCUGCUGUGACUGCACCGAUGAUUGUCAAGACAAAGAUAAAUGUCAGUGCUGGCAAUUGACCAUUCAAGGUGCAACUCUGGGAGGUCGAGUUCCAAACACCGCUGUUGGAUACAUUUACAAACGACUUCCGGAACCCGUUACUACUGGUAUCUACGAGUGCAAUUCGCGGUGCAAAUGCUCAAUAAAAACUUGUCUAAACAGAGUCGUUCAACAUCCUUUGACUUUGAAAUUGCAGGUAUUCAAAACGGCACCACGUGGGUGGGGAAUCAGGUGUCUCAAUGACAUCCCCCAGGGUUCAUUCAUCUGCAUUUACGCUGGAAGAUUGCUCACGGAACAGGGUGCAAACGAAGGAGGCAAAAAUUAUGGUGACGAAUACCUUGCCGAAUUGGAUUACGUUGAAGUUGUUGAAGGAAUAAAGGAAGGCUACGAGGCAGACGUUCUCGAUCCCGAAUUAGAACUAAGUGGUGGAUCAAAUCUAAAGGAUAUGUUGAGCGACGAGGAAGACCCUUCUAAGCCUCCUGAAAAUGAAUCUGAUGAAGAUUUCGACAUCUCUAAAUAUCGCGAUCAUCCGAACCUCCGAGUGACCUCUGAAGAUGCGUCCAUCAGCAAACGUCUUCGAAAGCGAAAAAAGGGAGAAAAAUUGAAAGGCGACGCUACAGACGAUGACAAGAAAAAUAAGUCACUUUCCAAACCAGACCAAAAAUCUUUCAGGCCAGAUUCAAAAUCAUCCUCUAAAGCAGAUUCAGAAAAAUCCGAAAGUCGCGAUUCUAACUAUGAUACCAUUACACUAAGUGAUGAAGAAGAAUCGACUCGACGAGAGCCAGGAAAACUCGAUUUAACUGUCGAGCCAGCUCAAAUUGAAAGAUCUAAUUUUAAAUCUGUAAGAGAUUUCUUUGGCGAGGAUGAGGCUGUCUAUAUCAUGGAUGCCAAAACUAAUGGAAAUAUUGGUCGUUACCUCAAUCAUUCCUGCGACCCAAACGUUUUUGUGCAGAACGUCUUCGUGGACACUCACGAUGUUCGAUUUCCUUGGGUGGCAUUCUUCGCUCUUCGAUAUAUAAGAGCUGGUCAAGAAUUAACUUGGAAUUACAGUUACGACGUGGGCAGCAUUCCGGGAAAAAUAAUUAUCUGCAAAUGCGGAGCUUCGAAUUGCAGGGGUCGUCUUCUAUAAGUUCUAUUUGAUGUGAACUAAAUCUUAUAAAAAAAAACUGUCAAGAAUCAAGAGUGAAUUUAAAAAAUAUUGUCAUCAAGGUAAACUGCCUCUAACAAAUUAUUGCAGAUAAGCUUGUGUGUAGAUAUAGGCGAUGGAGUAAUUUGUUCCUUUAUUUAUUAUUCAAAGAUCAGUAAAAUGAACCAGUUUUAUAAUAAACUAUAGAAGGAAAAUCACGAUUUAAAAAAUAUUCAAUAAAUAAUAAGAAAUGUA